AUGAGAUCUCUGAGUUUCAUCGAUUCAUGGGUUCAAACAUGUUCUAUGUUCAACGGAUCUUCGUCAUCGUCAUUCGUCGGAUUGAUCUGCAAAACGCCGAUGAAAUGCAGUAAACCCAAUUUCAAAAUUCAUCCAAGAUCCAGAGUUUCCUCUUCUUCUUCUUCGUGUUUCUCUGUUUCUGCUGUGAUUACCAAGGAAGAACAGGAAACUGUCGGCGAAAUCUCGUCGGAUUGCUUCAAUUUCAAGGCGUACAUGGGGGAGAAAGCUGUUCGGGUUAACAGAGCGCUUGAUGAAUCCAUUUCCAUUAAAACGCCACCCACAAUCCAUGAAGCUAUGCGUUACUCUCUCCUCGCCGGUGGGAAGCGUGUGAGGCCCAUUCUCUGCAUCGCCGCUUGCGAGCUCGUCGGAGGUGAUGAAUCCACCGCCAUGCCAGCCGCCUGCGCUGUUGAAAUGAUACACACCAUGUCGUUGAUUCACGACGACCUUCCGUGCAUGGAUAACGACGAUUUUCGCCGGGGGAAACCAACAAACCACAAGGUUUACGGCGAAGACGUGGCGGUCCUCGCCGGCGACUCUCUCCUCGCCUUCGCUUUCCAACACAUCGCAAGCGCCACCGUCGGCGCGUCUCCUGAACGCGUUUUGGCCGCCGUCGGAGAACUGGCGAAGUCGAUUGGGACUGAAGGGUUGGUCGCGGGUCAAGUGGUGGACAUAGCUUCAACAGGUGCAAAGGACGUCGGACUGGACCAGCUUGAGUUCAUCCACAUCCACAAGACGGCGGCGCUAUUGGAAGCAGCCGUCGUAUUGGGAGCAAUAUUAGGUGGAGGAAGCGACACCCAAGUGGAAAAGCUGAGAAAGUUCGCGAGAUGCAUUGGAUUAUUGUUUCAGGUGGUUGACGACAUAUUAGACGUCACCAAGUCGUCGGAGGAAUUGGGGAAAACCGCCGGAAAAGAUUUACUCGUAGACAAGAUGACUUACCCGAAACUAAUGGGACUUGAGAAAUCACGGCAGUUCUCGGAGGAGUUGUUGGCGGAAGCUAAACAGCAGCUUGAAGGGUUUGAAUCAUACAAGGGGGUGGCGCCGCUGGUGGCUCUGGCGGAGUAUAUAGCAUACCGGCAGAAUUGAAUAUCAUGAAAACCAAGCUUCCGGCGGUUUCCCUGCAGAAAAAUGAUAGCAAAUUAGAUUUAACUUUUAAUUAGUUUUGGUUUUUAUGAAAAGAAUGAUUGUGUCUCUCUUUAAAAGCUUCACCUCUUCAUUGCAAUUUCAUUUUUCUUGAUGAA